AUGCUUGCUCGUAGCUUUGUCCCGCGGCUUGCCCGCCCUCUCGCUCGACUCGCCUCAUCCUCAUCCUCGUCCGGUGCCCCUGUCCCUGCCCAUGAAACCCCGUCAGAAGGUGCUGCUGCGUCCCAGGCUCCCAACUACCCGACAACUUGGUCGACCAGCCAGCGACCACGUCCCCAUGGCCGCUCUGGACCUCGCUUUGAGCAGACGAUCAUGGACCUUCAGCCAAACCCUCUCAGUGCAAUGGAGAUGAUCAACAGUGAACCCAUUCGUGUUGUUCACGGCCGCAAGGCAGUUUGCGAUGGUGGAGGAGGCCCUCUUGGUCAUCCCAAGAUUUUUAUCAAUCUGGACAAGCCAGGACCUCGGCCUUGCGGGUAA